GAGGUUGGGAUUGUCUGUUUUUCUAUCCUUCCUUCUUUUCUCCAAGAUUGGAGAUCUGAAAGUUGAUACAAAUUUAAAGGUGUUAUUACUUUUCGGGUUUGCCAAACAAAAGAAAAAGAUUGGAGUUUUAGUGUUUUAAGCUGAAUAGAAAAUCUCAUUAGCAACUCUUGACACGAAUCCCGAGGCAGUUUGUCCUGAUAGAUAAUAGUGACAGCAGCGAGAUUUGAUCCGUUUUAAGUUGUAGUUAAUCUAAUCCAUAGGGUGGUUUGAGGAAUGAGAGCAGCAGAUAAUGGAUUUCUGGCCAGAAUUUCUUGCAAGCACUUCGGGAAGAGAGUUUGUAGCAGGAGGAUUUGGAGGCAUUGCUGGUGUAAUCUCUGGUUAUCCACUAGACACCCUUCGCAUCAGACAACAGAGCUCAAAUGCUGGCUCUGCAUUCAGCAUCCUUAGACAUAUGGUUUCUAGGGAAGGACCAGCUUCUCUAUACCGUGGCAUGUGCUUACCAUUGGUUUCCGUUACUUUUCAGAACGCUUUAGUUUUCCAAACUUACGCAGUUCUCUCAAGGGCAUUUGACUCGUCUGUUUCUGCUAAAGACCCUCCUUCCUACAAGAGUGUUGCUCUAGGAGGAGUUGGUACCGGUGCUCUACAAAGUCUAUUGCUUUCCCCUGUAGAGUUGGUUAAAAUUCGACUUCAACUGCAGAACACAGGCAAGUUGACAGAACCCCAAAAAGGUCCUGCAAGUGUUGUUAAGAGUAUAUGGAAAAAAGAGGGCCUUCGAGGCGUGUAUCGAGGACUUGGCAUCACUAUGAUGAGGGAUAUACCUUCUCAUGGUUUCUACUUCUGGACAUAUGAAUACAUGAGGGAACAGUUUCACCCGGGUUGCAGAAAAAGUGGUCAAGAAAGUUUGAAUACUAUGCUAAUAGCUGGAGGAUUAGCUGGGGUAGCUAGCUGGAUUUGUUGCUACCCUUUUGAUGUUAUAAAAACAAGAUUACAGGCUCAAACACUCUCUUCUCUAAAAUAUUCUGGUAUUUUUGAUUGCUUCAAAAAGAGCAUUAAAGAAGAAGGAUACGUUGUGCUAUGGAGGGGUUUAGGAACUGCAGUUGCCAGAGCGUUCCUAGUGAAUGGUGCCAUAUUUUCUGCUUAUGAGAUUACACUAAGGUUACUGUUUAACAAUGGAAGUAUCCAAAUGAAGGAAACAAUUUAGGAGAAUUACUCCUCCGCGUGUUUUUUGGGGCGAUACACCCCCUGGGAUAACCCAAUCGAGUAGCAGGUGUGUUAAAAACAAUGAAAAUUCAGAUUUGAUAUUCAAUAACCAUUACUAGAUGUAAUCGCCAGAUAUUUGAUAAUUGAUAUUCACUACAUGAUGUAAU